AUCGUAAAAAGGAAAAGAAAAAUAUUUUUUAUAAAUAAAAUCUAAAUUUUGUUCAGAAUAUUUUGUAAUUAUUUUGUUAGAAUAUGAUUUAUAUGCCAUUUAUGAAUAAAUAUUUUAAUAUUCUAAUUUUACAAUUAUAUUAAAAAAAAAAAAUUGACGAAUAUUUUUUUUUCGUUGCGACUAUAUCUGUAUAUGAGUUUGAUGAAAUUAAAAUUUAAUUUAUUAAAUAUAUAAUAUAAAAGUAACACAACGGAAAAGGUCAACAAUAAAUUCGCUGAUUGAAAAUUUUAAUUAGCUGAUGUCUUUAUGCUCCAAAAAUGGUGAAAUUUGUCGUAUCACGAUAUAAAAUUAGGUUUGUUAUAACAAAUCAUGACAGAGGGACAUGAAAGCGACUAUUUAGUACGAGUAAGAGCACAGGUUAUGACAAGAGACGAAAGCACCGAAGGUUGGUUACCAUUAGCUGGGGGUGGUUUAGCGAAUGUAUCAAUACGUAAAAGAGCUAGACUACCCCCUGGUACUGGAGGACAUGAAUAUAUAAUCUAUGGCCAAAGAAUUUCUGAUCAAAAUGUAAUAUUAAGUUGUGUUAUUAAUCGUGAUUUAAAGUAUUUCAAAGUAAUGCCAACAUUUCAUCAUUGGCGUGCUGGUAAACAAAGAAAUGGUUUAACAUUUCAAACUGCAGCUGAUGCUCGAGCUUUUGAUAAAGGAAUUGUUCGCGCAUAUAAUGAUUUAAUUGACGGACUGACUCGUAAUAAUAAUAAAUCUCAAAAAUGGCCCCAAAUACCUAAAUAUGACUCAGUUGGUGAAGAUGACGUCUUCAUGACUCUUGAUUUACCUCUUGAACCAUCUGAAAAUCAAUCAAGUCCUGAAGGAAGUGGAAGUCACAAGAGUGAAAAUAACAAAGAAAAACAACCAAAUAUUCAUUACAUAUCCUGUGACAAACCACAAGUUCCAUUGCCUCCAAGUCCAAAUGGGGAACAUCAGCAAACAACUAUAGCCCCGGGCGAUAACUAUUCAUACGUUCAAUUAACUGCAGUUCACGAUUACAAUUAUCCAGUUGUUGACGAACCAGUUGCUGCUGUUGUAACAGCACGUCGUGAUUCAACUUGUAGUUUGAAAAAACGAACAGCUUUAGAAUGUACAACACCAGGUUCAAUAAUAGAACCUGUAUCAAUACUUAAGGAUCCAUUAAGUGGUUCAGCUGGUGGUGUAGGUGGUAGUAUUGGUGGUGGUGGUAGUGGAAGUGGAUUGCUAAUAAAAAAUCGUGUACGCUGUCGUUUUUGUCAUGAAUUCUAUACUGAAGAAUGGAAUCGACGAGGAGCAUGCGAAUUUGCUCCAGAUUAUUUUAAGUCUGGUCUUGAAUGUAUAUCAGGUAUGGGUUGCGCUCGUUGUAUGCUAUAUCACUGUAUGAGUGAUUCAGAAGGUGAAACACCCCAACAUCCAUGCGAAUGCGUUAACGAAAAUGGUUGCACUAAACGAUGGGUCGGUUUAGCAUUGCUAUCACUUAUCGUCCCCUGUUUAUGGUGUUAUCCUCCAUUAAAAACUUGUCAUUGGAUUGGAGUAUCGUGUGGAAUAUGUGGUGGCAAACAUAAACCACAAGUCUGACACUUGGAGCAAAGGCCAAAUUUACAAGAAAAUGAAUAUGAUCAAAUUUUUUUUUAUUGAAAGAAAGGAAAGCAAAAUUUUAAAGCUGUAUCGAUUUUUUUUUCUUUUAUUUGGUUUUUUUUUUUAAAUUUAAGAAUUUUAAUUUGCGAUAAUACAAAUAUAAUAAAAUAAUAGAAGUGUAAAUCUGUAUUAAAAAUGAUGGUUCUAUUUUUUGACAAAUCUGCGAUUGAUAUAUUAACUAAAUAAAUUUAAUUUAUACAAACUGAAAGAAAAUAGGGUUAUUAUAAGUCUUGAUUUGCCAUUUAAUACAAUUUAAUGAAUAAAUUCGAGCAAAAAGAAGCAUGUAUUUUAUCUAUGUAAUUUAGAAACUUUCAAAACAUUAUGCAAUAAAAUAAAUGUUUUCAUAAUUUAUUCGCAGAUUUAGGAAUCAUCGUUUGUGAUAUCAAUACAUUGUAUUAGAUAUCGUUUUUUUUUUUUAAGUUGAACGAAAUCUGAAAUAUAUUUUACAAUUUUUGUGAUAAUAUUAUGAAUAAAAGAUUGUAUUUUAUAUAAUAUUCUUAUCAAAAACAUACAUACAAACAUAGAUUAAAAAAAAAUAAGGAAAUAGAAAAUCGAAGAUAUUGGAAGUACUUUAAUUAGUUUAGCACGUCUUAUAUAUUUAAAUUUAGAAGUUAUCCGGAUCCAAAAUAAAAAGCAAAAUAAUCGGGGCUUGCCAUUUGUAGUAUUGAGUAAAGGGAAAUGUAUUUCAGAUAUUUUAAUAUGUAUAUUUGUUUGCAGCUAACACAAAUUGAUUGCAAAGAAAAAUUUGGUUUUUUAACUUUAAAUUCAAAACUAUUAAAUGUUUAUUUUCAUUUAAAUAUGAAAAGAGAAAAAAAGGAACUUUUAUGAUAAAUUUUCAUAUUCAUUUUCUAUGAUAAAUUUGACCAAAUAACGUAUAAAUAUAUAUAUUAUUAUAUAUAUAUAUAUAUAUAUAUAUAUACGCAUAAAAAUAUUUCUAUAACGAAAAUAAUCAUAUAUAGGAAGACUAUGGAAUUAUAUAUUGAAAAAUCGGAUUUGUAACACAAUCUGUGCAAAAUGAAUCAAUAUUAAAAUUAUUGAUUAAAAAACAAACUAUAAACCCAAAUGAUUUUUUAAUUUUAUUAUAAUUUAGUUUUAAAACUGUAUAAUUUUAGGGAAAAUUCGAAUAAUAAAAUUUAAAACAUACAAA